UACUUUAUUUUUGGCAAAGUGUCCCCGUCCCGUUUAUUUAGUUUCUUGAUUAUUGAAAGAUUCAUUAUACCUAUAAGUUUGUUAUUGAUAAGUAAAUAAACAUUGAUGCGGAAAAAUGAGUGAUCCCUUUAAUAAAGCAGAUAAUACACCAUUUAAAUCUGUCGAAAAUUAUUCCACGGAUGACAUAUUCAGUGGAAGAGACAGAAUGAAUCUAAAUUAUGAACCAUCAGUCCAGCAAAACAUCACAAUUCAUCAAACUGAAACAGAUUUAAAAAAUGACAUCGAAGGUUUCAGCGAUUCUUCGAAUACGAACAAUGCAAAAGAUAAUAAGAUGUUUUGGACUCUAGAAUUUUAUCAACAAUUUUUUAACGUUGACUCUCAUGAAGUAUUUGAACGAAUUAAAAAAUCUAUGUUACCAAAGAGUGAUAAUAAUUAUUUAUUAUCUCACAUUAAACCAAAUCCCGACCUUUACGGACCAUUCUGGAUUUCUGUUACUCUUAUAUUUGUAGUGGCCAUAAGCGGAAAUUUCGCUAAUUAUUUACAAACAGCUAAUAAUGGAAAAUAUCAUUGGAAGUACGAUUUUCAUUUGGUAUCAUAUGCUGCAAUAACGAUAUGUAUCUACGUUUGGUUAUUACCCCUUAGUAUUUGGAGUGGGAUUAGAUGGGGUAAUAAUUCACAAGAGGAUAUUUUACAAUCACAGCUUACAAAGACUACUCAAGAUUUAAGGAUUUUAGACCUUCUAUGUCUUUAUGGUUACUCUUUAUCAAUUUACAUUCCUGUAGCUAUUUUGUGGACUAUUCAAAUAGGAUGGUUUCAGUGGUUAUUAGUUGGUGUAGCAUCAUUAAUGUCUGGAGGGGUGCUACUUCGAUGUUUAAUACCACUUAUAAAAAGUAAACAAAAACCAAUAUUUAUUGCCGUAAUUAUUGGAAUGCAUUUAUUACUAGCUGCAGGAUUUAUGCUAUAUUUUUUCCACGUACCGGAUAGAAAAGUUACUUCAGAACUCACACACAGUCAAACAAGCACUGAAGCCAUUGUUUCUACUAAAAACAAUUGAAGUCAUCUUUAAUUUAUCAAAAUUGUUAACAAAUUUUAACAUAUAUAAUAUUUUAAAGACAUGCGCUUUCAUAAUAAAUUACAAAUCAAACAAAAACGUAUAAUUGAGUCAUUUCAUGUCAAAUCACUCAAUAGAUCUUGAAAAUUUCGA